AUGUCACCUGGAGCUAGUGGCGCGCGGCGUGGAAUGCGAGUUGCGACCCCGGAUCCCGGAGGUGGCGCGCGCCGGCCCUGGCGCCGCACGGGACGCGAGGGCUGGACCGGCGGUGAGGUGGGAGUAAAGGUUGGAUUUUAAGGCGGGGGCGGCUCCCGGAGACACGCGCUCAGGUUGGAGGGUGGGGUGAAUGCCGGGUCGGCGAGUGCACCUUGUUCUGCACCCCUGCGCCCACCUCGGGAACUGCACGCGGCACCCCCACCUCCCACGCUGAUGAUAGUACGGCCCGCAGGGCUCCCCUGGCGAACGAAGCUUGUGGUUCGCUCCACCCCGCCCACACAGAGGCCGCCCACCGGCUCUGCAGCUUCUCAGGACUCCUCUGUCAGAUCAACUACAGAAGGGGCUUGGCCUUCGCCCUCGGUCUGUCUUUAAGGGCAGGGGGCGUUGUCUUCGGUUAUGACCCCGCACUCGGACCCAGACAGGGCCCCAGCCUCCGCCUUGGACUUAGGCCUAGGAAGCCGGCCAGCCUCCGCCUUCAGACCUUGGGGGAAAGUCUCCACCUCUGCUCUCAGACUCCGAAAAGGGUUUCUUCCGGACCUGCUCUAGACUUCAGCUUCUCUCCCUCCCCCACAUCCCAAGACACUCUAACCCCAGGAUGCAGGACAGACACACAGACACUCAGUGAGGG